AUGCCUCCAGACGACCCGCCUACUUCAACAUCAUAUGGCUGUAUUGAUAUCAAUGAGUGCACAAGGACUAAAGGAAUUUGUGGUUAUAAUACCAACUGUUACAAUACAGUUGGGUCAUACAGUUAUAUUGAUGAAUGUCUUAGUGGUGUCUGUGGGCCAUACGGGACCUGCUACAACACCAUAGGAAGUUUUGUGUGCAACUGCUCUAAAGGAUUUAGGGCUGAUUAUAAGAUGUUCCCUAUUUGCCAAGAUGUUGAUGAGUGUUACAACUCAACGAUAUGUGGUCCAUAUUCUAUCUGCGAAAACCUGCCUGGAAAUUACUCCUGUAGCUGUAAGACGGUAGCCAACAGCUUUGCUGCAUCUAUGGCCGUGUCCGGUGUUGGACCACGAGCCACACAAAGCAAGGUGAGUAGUGAAGGAGAUCGGGAGACGGGCAACGCAAUUCUUGACCUUUCAGAGUAUAUCGUUGUUGCAAUGACUCCACAUACCGAAAACCAAACCAAAAAGGAAGUGCACUCUUCGACAGUGGAUCUGAGCCUGCUCGCCAUUGGUCCAGGAAGUAAGGAUAACUGGAAUACCUCCCUCUCUGCUAAUGGAAAUACCAUGGACUUCAACUUGCAGGCUAUAGCUCGUGCUAACAAUGGAUCUGCAACAGCUGCUUUUAUGACACUGAAUGGGAUGGAGAGUCUUCUCAGUCAUCAGUAUUUCCAAACAGAGAAAAAGACAGAUAUGUGUUCGGAUGUUAUCACAGCCAUAAUACCAGUUAAUAACACUAACCUCACAGAGCCUGUCAACUUUACUAUCUACCAUAGGAAGGAAGUACCAGAAACAGGAACACUGGCGUGCACUGUCAUGGCAGGGCUUCUCCACUUCUUAAUUGUUGCCAGUUUUGUGUGGAUGUUGCUGGAGGCACUACAGCUCCACUUGUUAGUACGGAAGCUCUCCCAGGUGCAAGUCAUCCGACGAGAUGGCCUCCCCAGGCCAAUUCUCUACCUUGUUGGCUAUGGUGUUCCAUUUGUAAUAGUGGGUGUUUCUGCACUAAUUUACUCUGAUGGAUAUGGUGUUACCUCCUCAAAUGUAUGCUUUCUCUCUACAAAGCGGAAUUUCAACUGGGCUUUAACGGGACCUAUUAUUGCUGUCCUAGCAAUCAACUGGUUAUUGUUCCUUGCUACUCUCUGGAGUCUGAGACCCACUUUGGCCAACAUGAAGAGUGAUGUUUCUCAAUCCAAAGACACCAGGUUGAUUAUUUUCAAAAUCGUGGCACAGUUUGUCAUACUGGGCUGUACAUGGAUUCUGGGCCUGUACCAGUCAAACCUUUUCUUCCAGGUCCUCUUCAUCAUCCUCAACUCCCAGCAGGGCACAUUCCUGUACAUCGUACACUGUCUGCUAAACAAGGAGGUGCGAGAGGAAUACAUUAAAUGGCUGACAUGCUCUAUUGGAAAAGAGGCAGCUGAGGAAAAAGAUGUGGGUUCGGUCACCGAAGAUUUCGACAAGCCUGAGAACCAAAACAAUGAAGGGAAGAAGGACCACUGAUCCAAUGAAGUGAGCAACGCUAAAACAGACAACGCUAUAUGUAUCGAGUUAUUAUCCGUGCUUUUUCUUAAUUCCAUUUUAUUGUGUCUAGAAAGUUAACGGUAGCAUAGCAUAUUAGCUUAUUAGCUUAGCAU